AGCUCGAGCUUACCAUGCGAUGUGGAUAUCUCCACCCUCAUUUACUAAGCGAGCAGAGAUUUGGGUUUGGAGCCCAAUGGAUAGCGAGUCAAAGAUAAGUUCUGAAAGUUUGGUCCCCAUAUUCUUUUUCUUUUUUUUUAAAUUUUUUUAAAAAAGACUUUUUUUUUACUGUAGUGUUAAUCAGGACGAGUAACUUCUUCUGUGGUGUAUGGGGGGCUAUAUAUACACGCACGCACCCACACGCUCUUUCAAGACCACAGACGGAAAAAGAGAUAAAGAACAGAGAGCAGCCCAUCUCGUUUUCUGGCUCGAGGAGGUGGAGUUGGGCGCUCAGCUCAAGGAGGCGAGCUGAGAAUGGCUUUUCUUGGGGUUGUCCUCGGUCUGGGCUUUGGGUUCUUGCUUCUCUGCUGUGCUCUGUUGAACUGGAACGAGAUGAGAUACAGGAAGAAGGGACUGCCUCCGGGGACCAUGGGCUGGCCCGUCUUCGGAGAGACCACCGAGUUUCUUAAGCAAGGGCCCGACUUCAUGAAGAAUCAGAUGGCUAGGUACGGGGCUUUAUUCAAAUCACAUAUACUGGGAUGUCCGACGGUCGUGUGCAUGGAUCCAGAGCUGAACAGAUACAUACUGAUGAGCGAAAGCAAGGGGCUUGUGCCUGGGUACCCCCAGUCCAUGCUGGACGUGCUGGGGAGGAGCAACAUCGGAGCGGUGAGCGGCUCCCUCCACAAGACUCUGCGGAGUUCGAUGCUCGGUCUCGUCAGCCCGUCGAUGAUCAGAGGUCAGCUCCUGCCCAAGAUCGACAGCUUCAUGAGAUCCCACCUCGGCAGCUGGAGCGACGGGGUCGUAGACAUCCAACAGAAGACCAAGGAGAUGGCGCUGCUGUCGAGCCUGAAGCAAAUUGCUAGCAUUGAUCCAACUAGCCCGUUUGCUGAAGCCCUCAAGGUCGAGAUCUUUCGGCUUGUUCUCGGGACUCUCUCGUUGCCCAUCAACCUGCCAGGCACCAAUUACCACCGCGCUUUCAGGGCGAGGAAGAAGGUUAUAAGCAUGCUGACGGAGAUAAUUGAGGAAAGGAGAUCCUCUCCGAGCUCGCACCAGGACAUGCUUGAUUGCCUAUUGCAGGCUGACGAAGGGUCAAAAGCAAAACUGACCGACGAUCAGAUAAUCGAUGUGAUCAUCGCGCUGAUUUAUUCAGGUUACGAAACCGUUUCCACGACUUCGAUGAUGGCUGUCAAGUUUCUCCAUGACCACCCAAAAGCCCUUGAAGUCCUCAGGAACGAGCAUUUGGAAAUCAGGAAAGGAAAGACGCCUGAGGAUGCGCUUAACUGGAGUGAUUACAAGUCUAUGAGCUUCACUAGAGCGGUGAUUUUUGAGACUUUGAGAAUGGCUACAGUUGUUAACGGAGUCCUAAGAAAAACGACUCAAGACAUAGAAAUGAGAGGAUUUGUGAUCCCCAAAGGGUGGAGAAUCUAUGUGUACACAAGGGAGAUCAACUAUGACCCAUAUCUAUAUCCUGAACCUUUAACCUUCAAUCCUUGGCGAUGGAUGGAUAAGAGCUUGGAGACGCACCAGUACUUCAUGCUAUUUGGGGGUGGAGGCAGAUUAUGCCCUGGGAAGGAUUUGGGCAUGGCUGAGAUUUCCACAUUUCUUCACUACUUUGUUACUAGAUACAGAUGCGAAGAAGUUGGAGGAGAUAAAAUAGUGAAAUUUCCAAGAGUUGAAGCACCGAAUGGUCUACACAUGCGUAUUUGGGGCUGCUGAGCUCUGCGCACGGCGUAUGGAUGUAUAGAUAGGUCGUCACUGAUAAGUGUUCAAAAGAAAUGUAGCUGGCUUCGUACGCGGGAUGUUUGUUCGUCUGAUGCGUUUUGAGUUCCCCUCUGAUUCAUUUUGUUCAUAGGGAGAGGUGCACUUAGCACUCGAGAGAGACGGAGUAGUAGAGAUGGUAGUCAUCAUAGAGUUAUAUAGCUAUAGGCUAACUUACUGAUCACUGUAAAGUUCAUCCUCUUCUUCUUUUUCCUUCAGUGUGAAUACCAUUCGAGUCCGACCUGAUCCAAGAUGUCUGCUAUAAAUUCUAUAGUUAUGAUGUACCAGAGUA